AUGGAGGCCGAGGGGCCGCCCCAGGCCAGGUGGUGCUGCCCAGAGGCCAUGGGGAAGCUCUUCCCUGGCCUCUGCUUCCUCUGCUGCCUGGUGACCUAUGCACUGGUAGGUGCUGCGCUCUUCUCUGCCAUUGAGGGCAGCCCAGUCCUGAGGCCAGAAGAUGAAGAGGUGUUCAAGGCCUUCCUGCACGAGUUGUGUGGCAUCCUGGAAUGCAAUGGGACAGUUGCAGAAGGCAAGACACAGCACGUGCGGAAACACCUGCAGACCAUGAACCCCGAGUGGUUGCACCAGCCGGAAGACUGGACCUUCCUGAGCGCGCUCUUCUUCUGCUGCACGGUGUUUAGCACCGUGGGUUAUGGCCACAUCUACCCUGUCACCAAGCCUGGCAAGUACCUGUGCAUGCUCUAUGCCCUCUUUGGGAUCCCCCUGAUGUUCCUGGUUCUCACGGACAUAGGGGACAUCCUGGCAACCAUCCUGUCCAAGUCCUACAAUCAGUUCCGAAAACUCCCUUUCUUCCCUCGCGCCCCUUCUGAGUGGUGCUCUGGACUGUGCUGUAGGAGGAAGCCCAUCGCCAAGCCAGGGGUGGCCUCUGUCCCUCGGAUCGUCAUCAGCGCUGAAGAUCCCCGCAGCCCCAAGUCCAGCAAGUGCCCCUCAGACCCAGGCAGCCACGCAGAGCUGUUGAAGAGUCUGUUCUUCCCACAAGAGAAAGAGAACCUGCUGGCCCUGGCCCCACGGACCAUGGACAGGAGCAACUCGUGCCCAGAGCUGGCGCUGGGGAGGCUGUCCGCCUCCAUCCUCAGCAACCUGGACGAGGUGGGGUGCCAGGUGGAGAGGCUGGACGUCCCCCUCCCUGUCAUCGCCCUGGUGGUCCUGGCCUACAUCUCCUGUGCUGCUGCCAUCCUCCCCAUGUGGGAGACCAACCUGAACUUCGAGAGCGCCUUCUACUUCUGCUUCAUCACACUGACCACCAUCGGCUUCGGGGACACCAAGUUGGACCACCCAACCUUCUUCCUGUUCUUCUCCCUGUACAUCAUCAUCGGGAUGGAGAUCCUGUGCAUCGCCUUCAAGCUGAUGCAAAACAGGCUCCUGCACGUGUACAGGGACGGCCUGCUGUGCCUGGCCACAGGGAGGUGCUGCCACCUGCCUAGGAAGUGAGGGCUCUGUCCACUCCUCAGAGACACACAGGCGAGCUGGCUUCUCUCCUUGUUUUGGGGUAGUGUGGUUUGAGCAGUGACACUGAAGCCUGUCAUCGAGACCUUGGGGUUUGGGGACAAGCCCUGCAUGAAGGCUGAAUUUGGCCUUGUGGCCCUUCAAAAUCCACUACAAGCCCUUCAUUUCCUCACCCCAAGUGCAGGUAAUCUCUUGUGCACAUUUUUAGAAAACUCCGCCACAUGCGGAGGAAAGUAUCCAGUGCUCUCACUGGUUCCCUGUGACCCAAGGUUAUCUCCCUUCGUCAUUAGAAUUGUACUUUCAGCCAUGUAGACCUUCCUGAGCUGCUCCUGACCGUCACUGGGAGGGCACAGGGGGCCUAGCAACCCCUUCUCUCCAAUGACUGCAUGAGUGCAUGUAGGAGCAGUCCUGUCCCGCCCCUGAUGCCACUUGGUGGCAAGGUCACUGAGUGCAUGGGGGCUGGGACAUAUCCUGAUUGCUGGAUUCUAUGUGGACCACUUCUCUAAUUGCAUGUGAUGGUGUCCCCCGAGUGGGCCGUAUGUGUAGCCUGAUGCCCUCGUGGGUGGGUGGACACACUGGACCAGUUCCUGUGGGGGGAGGGACACAUGAAUUCACUGCCCUGUGCCUGGAUGCUCUUCGUGCCCUGUCCUUACGUCCUGUUGGGAGAGCUCCCUUUGCCUCCCUUUGUGCUCCAUCUCUGGUCCCUAAAGUGUGGGUACAUGUCAGGCCAGCUGCAAGUGACAAGGACCAAAUGCUUCCAUGAGCAUCACUCAAUGACCAAAGGGAGCUGGUGGCUAUGCAGUGCCCUGCUCCACUGCCCCUGCCUGGGGUCACUCUGGGUGCUGUAUUCUGUCCCCUUCUCUCAGGGGACAUGAGCCUCAGGUCCUCCUUGACACACCGUCCCCUGGCCUCGUUCGUCUCCUGGUUUGGCUUCUUCCUCUACUGGGACUUCCGGUGAUCUCCUCCCUAAGAAAUGACUCUCGCAAAAUAAUCUUUAUGAAAGAGUGAG